GAUGUCUAUCUCCUUGGCUUUGUUCCAAGUUUCAAAAAACUGCUCAUACAUGGCGAGUGAGAGCGGCAUGCACCCAUUCUCUUAGGUGAAGCUGCUAUUCAUCCAAUUUCGUGAAAAGUCCACCAAUUUGUUCUCGCCGAGGCCCUGGUCGACUGUGUUAUUUGGAACACAGGCCUAUUGGAAUUAUUGAACCAAAUUGCUUCUUGUUCUAUACACUGCGAGUUUAUCACGGCCCCUGUGGCGCAAGGCUUAUAGGGCUCUACGCUGUUGACCGGACCGUUUCUGGAUUUCAGUUAGACCUAGAAUAUAGGGACCUACAUUUCUUUCAACCCCACUGGGAACGCAGCCCAUCCAACUUUCUUCGUCCCCUAUGGACAUCCAGCUUCUUCCAGAAGCGGGGCUCGCCAGUCAUGGUGGAUUCCCAAUUCCCUGUGGAACUACAGCACCCACGAUUGAAAAGCUGCGCUCUCUCUGUGCCGAUGGCAAUCUUCAAGAUUUCGAGACCGCGAUGGACUCUGAAACCUUCGAUAUAGCGGACCUUCACGAUGUGAUGAUGGAAGCAAUUCAAUUGGACCGAGUCGAAUUUGUUUCCACGCUUAUCUUCCAUGGCUUCUUAAUAAAGCCUUCCUACACUGAAAAGCCAUAUUACGCAGUAACGGACGCCGACAUGACCAGUUGGUUUCUGGAACAUGGCGCGAACCCGAAUGCGCAAUGUGAGGUAGACUGCACCCCGUUAUCCUAUGCGGUUCGAAAUGCACAUCCGAGUGUCAUCAAACUACUGCUGGAUAGUGGAGGGGAUGUGCAAAAAGGACAGCUUCUUCAGUAUGCUGUUCUUCGCGACGGCGAGCUGGAAGAGGUCAUAUCGCUGCUCGUCGAACGAGGUGCCCCUUUGAACGCGACAAUGUUUCAGGAUGGCCCAACCUUGAGGCGAUUCUUUCCUAUGAGCCUGGGGACGGCGUUGCACGUAGCAACGGAGCAAGGAAAGACAAAUGCGAUCCGUCUUCUGAUCCAACUUGGAAUAGACACAGGCGUCAAGGACGCGAAUGGCGAUACCGCUUUAGAAUGGGCGCAAAAAUGGAACAAAACCGAAAUGGCGCAGCUGUUGACAUAUUUGCAAGACUACCAGUUGCAAGGAAUGAAAAUGCUCAUGGCCUGUCUUGUUCGCUUGUUCCCCUACCGCUUUCUCGAAAACCGAAAAGAAGUGAUCGCGGAGAAUUUCGAAGCAGAGUAUGAAUAAUACUUUGUUGUCAACUUGCAAGGUUCCAUGUUGUUCUUUGGAGAAGGGGUGGUUUAUAGUUACCUGUGAUAACUGUG